UAAAAUGAUAAUAAUUAAUAAUAUAACAUAAGCUUACAGCAGUAUGAAGUUAGCGUAUCGUGUCUUGCAAUAUGCUUCUCUGUUUGUGAGAUCCGUUGCGCAUAUAUGAUGUAGUAGCACAGAUUGGUUGAAUAUCAAAGCCGUUCAUUUAACAUUCACGAACGAGCAGAUGUCAGGAGAUAACUCCCCCCCUGGCAUCUUCCGAAUGGAAAAUACAACCCAUGCCGGUAUCGAGCCGAUCGCCUCGCGGUCCGCUGACGAACCGGAGUGAUCCGUGGGAGAAGUCUCAGAUGUGGUCAGCGUGUGACACAGUGACUCAGCCUGUAGGCGGCCUCUCCAAGCCUUCAAAAACACUCCGCCAGUCUGUGUUGGAGGCAGGCAGACGGAUGGCCCAUCCUCAAGUUUCACUGCUUGGACCUCACACACACACACACAUACGCACACACACGCGCGCGCGGGGGGCUCGCAGUUCUCUCCAGUUUUUGGAUUAUAAAGACGCACUUCCAUGCAGCGGAUCAAGUCAGCUUUGCAUUUGUGCUCCAUAUGAGGGAGAAAAUCUUCAAGGCACCUUGUCUCCUCUUGAGUCUGUUGACAAGUUGGAAUCUGUGCUGUGGAAAACUCGGACCCCCAAUAACUGAUGAUGUGAGCAAGCUGUCGCUGCUGAAGCACAACAUCCCUUCCGAUUAUGAGAUUCCUGUUUAUUACAUUCCCAAAGAAGUGUCUGGUGAGUGUUGGGUGGUAUUAAACGUCUACCCAUUGGAGCAAAGUCUUCGCAACCUGGCCGACAUGUUUGGCGCCGUCUCCUCCAACAGGGAAAACAUCCUGGUCUUCGUCACCAUGCUGAAGAGCCUGCGCUUCACGUUUGACAACCAGGAAUUGGAAACGGCCAUGCAAGUCUUUCAGUGUCACUACAAGGAGGGGAGCUUGAAGAAUGAGCUCUAUUUCGACUACAUCGAGGAGAUCCUCAACGCCGCAGGUCAUGAAGCAUCCAGUUUCUCCUGCAAGCCGCCGCCUUGUCUCAAUACGGCAAACGGACCAGGGGGUCAAAAGGGAGGUCGCGAUUACAGAUGGUGGAAAAGAACGCCGCUGCUGCUGGUGAUCGUUCCGGUCGCGGCUUGCGUCGUUCUCAUCGUAUGGCGGGUCACAUCAACGAGACAUUCGCCGGAGCGCACCGCCGAGGAGAUCGAAAUGUCACCCGCCGACUCCGUCCUCAGCGUGUCCGUUUCCGUCCCGCUUCAAAAGCCCGACGGCGUCGCCUGCGAUGCUCUCGCGGAGGAGGACCCGCUUGCCGGUCAUGACAGCAGGUGAAGGAUAAAGAUGAAAAGCAGGGGGAAAGAGAUCUGAAUGGGAGAAGUUCCGAUGGCUCAUUCUGCCCCAGAUGUUGCGUGUUCGUCAAGGCGGCGCCAAGCUGCUGCGAAGACGAGCGUGCGGUUAAUCAAGACGCAGAAUUCUCUUGGGCUACUUCUUGUACAAAUCGUAGAUGGACUCUUCUGACUUUAAGAGCAAUGUGAAAACUGAGCCCGGACUGUCAGAUGUGGAUUCAGCUUCCAAUCCGAAAAUCUACAAUGCCUACUUGGUAUCAAAUGUGCCGCCAUUGGACUAUGAAACAUAACCGAAAAAAAAAAUGGAGAAGAGCUGGACUGGAUGUUCUUCUGGAGGAAUGGACCAACAAAUUUGGAAAUCGGGUGUCCUGUUGGCAGAGAUGGGAACGCGAGUUAUUGCGGCAUGGACUCGAGUCACUGUUUUGAUGACGUGUGACUUAACUCGACAAAAACUGAAAGAUUCGAGACUGGACUGAAGAGAGGACGAGGUGUUAAAGUGAAAUAUAGGUCAAAUAAAUUGUGGAAUAAUAAGGUUAUGCGACUUGACCGGAGACAAACUGUAACUUAGUUUGACUUUUGCGAGGCAAAACGCUUUGGGGCUAUCAGGGUUGAAACGAUUAGUCGACUAGUCGAGUUCUACUCAUCGACGUUUCUAGCUUGAAGGCAACAAAUCACUAAUCUUGAGACAAACUGUCACUUGAUUUGACUUUCGCAAGGCAAAAAAAAUGUGGCACUAUCAGGGUUGAAACGAUUAGUCGACUAGUCGAAAUCUACGCAUCGACAAAUCACAAAUCUUGAUUCGUACAAUAUCAAUGACGUCGUGCAUUAUUUGACUUCAGCGCGCUAUAGUCGACUACCAUUUUUUUUUUUUUUGGUCAUUCAACCCCGCUGAAGACUUGCUUGAGAUAUCAAUCAUGUCAUCGACUAAUCGACUCGACUUUCAGCACACGAUAGUCGACCACGAAAGAAUUUUAGUCGUUCAACCCCUACGUCGGACUUGCUCGAGAUUUCAACCACGUCGUCAAUUAACUGAUAUCAUGUCCCGAUCUGGUGUCGAAUAUUAUAUCCAUUGGAUUGUCAUGUUUUUUCUUCAUGCCUUCUUAGCCUAGAAACACAUCGAGAGUGAUGCCGCCGGGCCGGUCACGCACUUGUUGACAUUGCGAUGAUCGGUCACAGAUGGCAAAGCCGCCGCUCGCAAACAACACUGCGCCCGCAGUUCAACAAGGGUCCGACUUUGUGUAUCAAAGCUCCGAGCAGAUGGCAAAGAUAGCCACGGCCAGACUGGCCGUGAAUCCUUCCAUUGUGUGCCCCUCUCCACCCGUGAUGUAUCGCCGUUUCUUCUUCUUCUUCUCUGCCGCAGUAAAGAGGACUGGACUUUCUAAUGCCUCAUUCACUGAGUCAAGCCCGUUUGGGUCAUGAGAAGAUGACUGUGUGGAGAGAGGAUGCGUCACACACACAUACACAGAAAGGGAAGACAGGAGCGUCGAGGGGAUACGGAUGGACGGACGGACAGGCGGAUGAGCUCAGCGAGGAGCAUGAGAGGGACGCUUGUUCUCGCCCCACAAAAGACGUGGCCGUAGGCUGGAGGAAAUGCCACUUACCAAUACGACCGAUGUCGGCGGAGUGCGAUGAAUCAACGGGCCAGGAAUCUCUGCCGACCGCACGCAAUUGCGGACGGUGAUAAAUAUUCCAAUAAUAGUUUUUCAGUACGCCAACGAUUGCGUUCCAAGGAACCGCUUCAUUAAAAUUUACAGAAGUGCAAAUAGCUAAAACAAUUGAGACCAACCCAACCCCCCCCC